AUGCGGGUAGCACUUCCUCGAAUACCCAAUCACGAAACUCCACAGCUUUGGUGCAUACUUAUCAUUAAAGAAUUCCUCAGGGCUAAUUUGGUCGCCAAACUUACGCAUUGCCUCCCUGUAGAUAUCCCAAUCCUUCCAACUUUGAAGGAGGCCAUAGGUAGAACAACGGACGACAAGCUCCUAGCCGAUGUGCGGAAACGAUAUCCUAAAGCAAGCUCGACUCUUUUAGAGUUCCAAAGGGGAAACAAGGGGCAAAUCCAAGUCCGAUACACAGGCAGGGGAAAAUGGUACGACUUUUAUCAAAGCAAGAAGUCUAACGCACUUAAUAAUGCCCUUCCAAAGGAAAUAACGACGGCCUUAGGAAACCCUGACUUAUCCGUGUUGCAUGUUUUGACCAGCAAGGAAACUGUGAGGCUGCAAGAAGAAUUCAUCAAAGGCAUCAAAAUACCUAAAGCUACUAGCCAAAUACGCGCUAUAGCCGAAAUCCUCGAUAGAGAUCAAGGUAAACUCUCACAAAUACAAGCCACUAAGGAAAAGGUAGAGGAAAAGCUAGCGAGCUUACCGUCGGGCAGCAGUGAAACCUUACAGUCGCAACAGUCUUUGGAAUCCCUUGCGAUGCAGGAAGAAGCGCAGCAAAAGAUCAUAAACGAACACAGGGAAAAGCUUGACAAACUUACGCAGCAACUCGAGGAAAGAGAAAGCGAAUCAGUGACGGCGGCGGAGCACAUCGAAUACUUAAAGCAGACAAUGGACGAAAGAGAAGAGGAAUACAUGAAGCAAUAUCAAACGAUGUCGGAUUCUCACAAACGGGAAAGCGAGGACAAUAAACAGCGCAUCAGCACGUUGCUACAUGAAAGGGAUAAGGCUAGGAAAAACUUCGACCGUGCAGUUGCAGACGUUGGGGACAAAGACGCCGAACUCAGACGCGUGGGCGCACAGCUGGAAGCUUCAGUGAUGAAAGAACGGGAGUUAAACGCGCAAAUCRUCGUAAAGGAGGAGCAACUUAGGCAGGUAACGCAGGCUUACGAAGAUAUGGAGGCGCAGCUGGAAAGGCAGCAGGAAGCAGCCGCGGACCAAGGGCGCACUGAAGGGGAAAGGGAAGCAGCCCAAGCGGAAGCAGAAGCCCUUCAGGAACGCUUAACGGAACUGCGGGCGCAAAGGGAUGGUUUGGAAACGGAGUUGGGGAUUACCACCAAGGAAAAGAUAAAAAGAGCCCUUUUGAAGUAUGGCAUUCCGCUGGCAUUCGCGGUCGCUAUUUCGAGCGUACUAGGAGUAAUCCUAUCCGYGCUUAAGGCUACAGGCGCGGGAGUAAGCAAGUUGGGGUCUGGUUUGGCGGACUUGGGAAAAAAGAUGGCAGCCGGCUUGCCGGGGCUGCUUGGUAGCGUUCUUGGCCUGGCACUUAGGACCGGCGGAGAACUGUUAAAGUUUGUAGGGAAUAACAUCUGGAUCUUGGUCGUAGCUAUUGGGGUGGUACUCCUGAAGAAGAUGAAGGGUUAA